UGGCAGGAAAACGAUCUGAAUUCGUGAUAAGAUUCAAGGUGGCAAGCAAUAAUUCAUUUCGUGGAAGACUAACCAAUUAUUCCAUACAACACGAGGCAACCGGAUUGCUAGUUGGAAGCGCUUACUCGGAGUAAUCCAGAUUACGCCUGCCAGACGCGUUAUGGACAUGUAAUAUAAAGGUGUCGGGGCAAUGUUUCAUUUUGUGUUCAAUUUCCCAACUUUCGCAAAGGAUAACAGAAUUCUCUUGCAUUUGCACUGUUUUACUUGUCGCCUAGGGUCUACAGAUGGAUAACUUACGCACACAUCGUAGAAAAAGACACGAGCGCACCAUAAUUUCAUCCAGAUCAACACUACAAAACUCAUUGUCCUCAUGGCCAGGGCAGGCCCCUGACCAACAUUCAACGAGACUAGUCCUGGAGUCAUGUCUCCAGCGCCUCGACCGUCUCGACAGCUUAGAGCGUCGUGUCCAUGAGGAAAUCCAGCAGAUCCGCAGCGUCUUGACGAAUCUCCUUGGCAACUACCAGUCAGAUGUCACAAUGGAGAAUUCGGGUGGACGUGAUAGCACCGUCGACUCCCAAGCUGCACUCAAUAGCCUCAAUACCAUUGCACCAUUUGGACCUUCGCACGACCGCUGCUUCGUGCCACAGUUUGCACCCCAUGGAACACCGUUCGGGGUCACGGGACCGCUGUCAGAGGGUACAGGUCCCCCCCAAGGUAAGUUGCUGUAUUUGCAGCCAAAAUUUUCAUUUAAACACUUACUGUGUACAGCGAUAUUGCCCCACGGCGCUUGCACUUUUUCCGACUAUGGGCCGAUUGUUCAACAUCCCCUAACUCAGCCUCGGUACAGCAUGUACUCUGAGGCCUGUUCAGCAUUCUAUGAUCCGCGUGUCACGGCAUCGUCGUUAGAGGGUGAGGAUCAUCGCCACGAUUUAUCGCUCUGUGGCGCAUUGGAUUCCGUCUAUGAGCCCGCUGCGCAACUGUCUGUCCCCAUCCAAGUAAAGGACAAAGUAAAAUGCACCCGGUACGGGUGCUCGGCACUCAUCAAGAAGGAUAAUCUCGGUCGUCACGUCAAAGAGGUGCAUGAGGGGAAGAUUAAGGCUGUCUGUGCAGGCUGCGGAAAGGAGUUCAAGCGCCCAUAUCAGAUGAAUGAGCACAUCGUUCGGACCCGAUGUGGAAGAUCCUAGAUUGUUUUCUUGUACAACAAAGUCGCUAGAUAUCUGUUGAAGUGGUUCCUUAUGCACAAGAUGUGAUCUAGGGGAUACAAGCGUUCGCUUGCUACAAGGUGACCUUGGUGGCCGAAAAUUCAUCCUUGACUUCAUUCGCUACUCCGAGGGAGAUUGAACCAUUGAUGGGUACGGAAAGCCCUAGAGAUUGAUAUGGUGAUCUCGAAAGGAGUAAGAAAGGCGAUGCGCACCGAUGUGAUCAUAGUGUCAAGUGUUUUCAAGGGUAGGAAAUAAUACGAGGUGA